UCUCCACCCGUCCACAAUGUCAUCGACCACCAUAUUCUCGAGAGGAAAAGCCCGUUCAGACGGCCAAGAACCUGAUGCUGAAGUAGCUGUGAAGGAUUUCGUCUCUAAAGCCCCAGAAGGACGGUAUACUUUCGACAGCGAACGGGGUGCUCCAGUGUCAGAGCUUUGUCGAGCGCAGACGGAUCCACAGAAACAGAGAGACUGCAUAACAGUGCAGAUGCACUCGACCCGACUGUUCGCAGCGAUGCAAGACCGAGGUUUCUUCUGUGCAUUACCGAUGGACCCGACACUGACACACAUGGAAUGCUCGCCGAUGCCAAAGAACGAAUAAAAAGUACAACAGCGAUGUACUAAACUACAUUAUGUGCGACACUGCUAUAAGUAUUCACGCGAGAAACUCAAACUGGACGGAUGCAAAUCUGGGACGUAUUCAAUGCCCAGAGUUCCUGCUUUGGCAAGCUCCAUCUGAAGACUGCUGACUUUCCUGCGCUCGCCGACAGAAUGUAGUUCCAGCGCAGCGACCUCCAACUCCUGCAAGGCCCGUCUCGUCGUGGACUCAAUCGACGUAAAUUGUGUUUUGAGAUGUGUUCGAUGGGCUCGGGAUGCGGCAAGAGCGUUUUGCCACUACGGAAGAGUCAGACAGAGGACAAUCGGGAUGGAAUGGUUCCCACAUCUAUCCGCUCCUGAGCACCAGUCUGUUCCUUGCCCGCCCAUACCGGUAUCUUCGGGACAGGCACGUCUUCCAAUUCUCUGCGCACCCGUUCCGCUUGUUCCUUCUCGCUCUUUUCUCGUUCUUCCUUCUCCUUCUGUUCCGCUUCUUUGACCUGUCUUUCUCGCUCCAAUCGCUCGACUUCAGCCACGGCUGCCAAUUGGCCCAGGGCAUCCAUUGGCCCGGCGGCGCUGAUAGUUCCGGCGACUAUCUCAGCCCGAUCUGGUUUGACCGCACGAGUAUUUGCUAUGCGAGACGGCCCUACGUUCCCGUUGUUCCAGUCGCGGGGACCAGACGGGGGAAUCAUCCCGCUCCGUUCGCGAUCGAUUCGGGGACCUCGUGGUGGCGAGCGUGCCGCGGGCAAUGUUGUGGGCAUUGGAGGAUUGAUCGGUGGCGCUGAGGGUGCGCUAGGUAACACUGCUGGCGCUGCAUUGAAAGAAGAUGGCGCGGCCCAUGCGGCCCGUCCUCUUGGCUGUCGAGGGGGAGAUCGAGCUCGUGGUUGUGUUGGAAGACCUUCGUAAGCUGCUCGAGGCUGUCUCGGCGGAGAGCCUAUUCGAAGGCUAUCCAAGGACGCUCGUGGCUGCCGGGGUGGAGAAAAUGCUCUUGGCUGGCGAGGCGGAGAUGAUGGGCGUGCAGGAAGAAUUGUCUUUUCGUCGGGCAUCGCAGGCUGGCGAGCAUCAUCUUUGGUUUGGGCCGCCUCCACUUUGACGGAAGGCAUCGCAACAUCAACAAGACUUUCCAUGCUCCCAGCAGCAGGAACCGGUAGCCCGAUGGGAGCAGCACCAGAUAGUACCUCCAUAACCGCUGGAGUGGUGUUUUUUGAUGGAGAUACAGUUGCAACCGAGACUACAGGAUCCAGGGAAUGGGAUGCGCCCUGUGGAGUGGUGUCGGGAUGUUCGAUUAUCAUCCCUGGCUCAUCCUCAUCGUCCCCUGGCUUGGCACGAGAUGAGGGACUGGUCGCACGAGAUCGAGGUGCGCUCUGUGUCUCUCCUCGUACGGAGACUGGGGGAAUCGGUCUCCCUCGUCUUGAAGGCGAUCCCAAACUCGGUGACUCGAUGGCGUGAAUGCCGAGUCGGAUGCGUUUCGAAGGUGGGCUGCGACUGCGACUGCGGCUUCGACUGCGAUAACGAGGACUGUGAGGAAUUCGGGGCGGAGUGAGUCGUCUUCUGGGAGGGGAGCGUCCGUAUCUAUCUGAUAAAAUGUCGAAAAUUAACCCAGGGUCAUGAACAGCUGGCACAGUUUCGCACCUCUUGGGGAUGGAGGUCUGCGGUCGCGGUCUUCCCAGCGAGAACUUGAUCUUGGAUCUGGUCUGUAUGUGUCUGCAUAUCGCUCUCGUUCGUAUCUGUCCCUAUCCCUGUCCCGGUCCCUGUCCCGUCCAUCGUAAUAGGGCGGCGGUCGUCUAUCACGCUCGAACGGUUCGGGCGAGCGGCGCAGUGGUGGACGUCGAUCCGACCAAGCUCUGUCUCUGUCCCUGUCUCGGUCGCGCAUGUCACGAUCUCUUUCGCGCUCUCGAUCUCGAAAAUCUGGUCGUCGGUCGCGGUAGUCAUAACUGGGGUGGUAGGAGUCAGAGCUGGGUCUGUAAGUGUCGUGGUGAGCUGGCGCAGGGCGAGGGGGACGUUCAAGACGAUCAAGUAGUCGACGUGGAGUAUGGUCUUCCUGCAUGAUGUACGAGGGGGAAGACAAAAUGUGCUGUGGUCACAACUAUGACAAACAACUAAUUCAGCUACAGCCUACCUCCAUGUCCUCAAUAUAUCCUCUCGCCUCACUUGCACAAAUUGAAAGCACGCCCUCUAAAAAAGACGGGGUCCCUGAAGACUUGGAAGAGCAACUGCGCGCAUAUGGCUGCAAACUUAUUCAUGAAGCUGGGAUCCUCUUGAAGCAGAAGCAAGUCGCUGUGGCCGCUGCGCAGAUUCUCUUCCAACGCUUCUGGUUCGUGAGCUCCAUGAAGCACUUUGGCAUCGGAGAUACGGGAAUGGGCGCGUUAUAUCUGGCCUCCAAACUCGAAGAAUGUCCUAUCCGAAUGCGGGAUCUUAUAAAUGUGUACGACGUACUUCUACAACGCGCAAGACACUCUGGCCCAGGUCCAUUCAAGUAUGCCCCAAUGUCGUACUUUGGGUCCACGUUCUAUGAGCUCAAGGACGCUCUGGUCGUUGCCGAGAUGCAGAUCCUGAAGCGUUUGGGAUUCAACGUACAUGUCGUCUUGCCAUACGGAACAUUGAUCAAUUACUUGCGUGUGCUGGGGCUUGCUGACGAUGGGGAGACAUGCUCUAAGGCCUGGGGAUACCUGAACGAUGCUCUGCAAACGCCAGUCUAUGCCCUAUAUCCGGUACCGACAAUCACCAGUGCCGCCGUGCUGCUUGCGACCCGGGAUCUUUCGCGGGCCCUCCCCGACGAUUGGUGGGUCCUCUUUGACGCACCGGAGGAAGACUUGUGGGCUGUGGCGGGGACUAUAAUGAGACUGUAUCGUCUCGGAGACGGAAGGGCGUCUGCGGGGAUAGAGAAGCGACUUCUGGGAAAGAAAGAUGUCCGACACUGGUUGGAAGAACAUGGUCUAGGAGACGUUACGUCCAGGUAGCCUGUUGAGGCGAUGCCAUGAACCCAUGGAUUGGCUCGUCCCUUCUGGUGCUGUGAUGAUCGACAACCGUUACUUCGGAACUGGGGUCUAUUCUUGCGGAACGGCCUUUUUACGUUGAGCAGCACAGAUAGCCUCCGAGAGCCUUGCCGCUUGAAAGUGCAUCCGUGAACGAAUCUGGUAGCUCAGUGAUCCACCAAGCCAUCGAGAUUGUCAGCGAGACGCGGAGUUUCAAGCACUCCUUCAAUGCGCAUCGAUCUUUAGUUUUUCACCCUCGUUGUAAGAUCCAACGACUGCU